AAGAAAGGCCACUAAGAGUUGGUCCCUGCCUUUCUUUGCUUCUUUUACUUUUUUCUCUCUAAGACGGACUCAUAGUGCAGGUCCCAUGAUGUCCAUAUUAGGUAGAGUUGACCGUGUACCCAUCCAUCUCUCCUUCUUUGUAAAUUACGUGCUCCCUCCAUACCCACCCUUCCCCUAACUUACGUAAACAUCUAGAAUCACGGAUAUACACUCUCAGAAGUCACGGAGACGAGCAAAAUAAUGGUAGCGCGGCGUUUUGUACAUCAAUGGUUUGUUUUUAGCUCCUUGAACUUUUAUUUCAGCGUUUUUCAACACCUUGUCCUUGCGCCGAUUAGAAAUCGAUGUAAUCUCCAACAUAAAAAGGGUCGUUCGAUCGACUGAGUCCAUAUUUGACUUUGAUUGGGCUAAAUAUAGCUCUUGGUGUCGUGUGUCCAUCUUACGAUGCGUGCUUAUCCUAUAGGGAGCAAAGUCUAACAUGUGAGUGGAACAAAAGCGUCUUAGUCGUGUUUGGCUGAGCACAGACACCACACGCAACAAACGGAAAGACUGUCUUUUUUUACGCGCUCCCAAACCUGUUAAUAUAUCGAGCAAUACUGGUAUGAAUUUAGCCAGUCAGUGCCAAAGGAACAACAUGAAAUCCUUCAGCGUUGCCCGAACGCCGACUUUGGAUCGGGAUCUACGAAUAAGGCGUUUCCAUAGCGAGGAUACACACCGAGUUCACAAUCUGUUCUUGGAGGAGACGAGAUGUAUGUUAUGGCCGAUGUUUGUCCAGGCUGUUCGAAGUCCGCCUGCAGUCGUUUUACAUGUCAUGUUGAUGUUCGCUGGAGUAAUAUUCGCCAGAUCUUGCAUUUUGGCACUCUUUGGAGGGAUUUUCGCCUUCUCUGGGGUCUUCGUCUACGUUUAUCACUGGUUUUAUAACUAUUUGACCAGCUCUCUGAGAGGAGACUUAAGUAACAUCACACAGGUACCCGGAAUUUUCCUUUGAUUAAACGAAAGUCAGUAUUUACUUAAAUUUAAUAGUUGUUUUACGCGAAAAGGGUGCAAACCGCGUCCAUAGAGUAAUAGCUGCUCAUGCGAGAACAACUAUUAAAGAUAAGCUAUUAAGAUCGGAAACAAAUAUAUGUAGUUUGAAGGUAUUUAGUAUGCCAAGUUAUAACAGAAGUGACAAGAAGCCAACACUCGGUGCAUGCAUUUUGACAGACUUUAAGAAAACAAACUAGUUGUGAACUCCGCAAAGACGGUUUAUCCGUUUUUUUAAAAAAAGCAUAACAAAUCAAAUAAAGUCUGUUUCUUUACCUUCCUUUUCAAAACAAUGAAAAAAUUCCAAGUCUAGUUUCUAAGGCUAGAGAAAAACUUCAANGGGUCUUCGUCUACGUUUAUCACUGGUUUUAUAACUAUUUGACCAGCUCUCUGAGAGGAGACUUAAGUAACAUCACACAGGUACCCGGAAUUUUCCUUUGAUUAAACGAAAGUCAGUAUUUACUUAAAUUUAAUAGUUGUUUUACGCGAAAAGGGUGCAAACCGCGUCCAUAGAGUAAUAGCUGCUCAUGCGAGAACAACUAUUAAAGAUAAGCUAUUAAGAUCGGAAACAAAUAUAUGUAGUUUGAAGGUAUUUAGUAUGCCAAGUUAUAACAGAAGUGACAAGAAGCCAACAGUCGGUGCAUGCAUUUUGACAGACUUUAAGAAAACAAACUAGUUGUGAACUCCGCAAAGACGGUUUAUCCGUUUUUUUAAAAAAAGCAUAACAAAUCAAAUAAAGUCUGUUUCUUUACCUUCCUUUUCAAAACAAUGAAAAAAUUCCAAGUCUAGUUUCUAAGGCUAGAGAAAAACUUCAAGUUAAAAACCAGCGAUAAAUUUUAAGAACUUGAAUUAUUGUUUGUUCAAGAGCCAUUAUUGCAACCACACGCUUUAAGAAAACACACUUUGAAUUUUCCAGAUUUUUAAAUUCUUUUCAAUGCAACCGCAAAGAAACAAUCUAGAGUAACACAGUGAAUAGUUUGAAUUCCCAGCACGUAGUCAACUUUUCGCCUCGUUUUAUGAAAGACAAUUUUGGAAUUUCUGGAAGUUUUUUUGAGGCUGAACGCUUCUUGCAUCUUCACGUAGCUUUUAUAUCUCAUAAAAAAAAAGACUUUUCCAAAAACUCAGCUAAUGCAGUAAUGGAGUAAUAAUGUGCCAAAGCGAUACUAUUGCUAAAUGUAUUAUUGUGUAUGUUAAAUACACACAAAACAUCCGUCCUAAAUUUGAUCUUGACAGAAACGUCGUGUACGGUGUCCUGAGGGCCUCGAUAUUUUUGGCAUUUACCGUGAUUUCCUAGUUCUCAAAACCGCGGGUUUCCGCCUGCCAGUUUUCAUUUGAUGUAGAACAUUCAAACCCGCAAAAGACUAAAAUUUUGGCGGCCAUCCUUUUAAUCUUUUCUUAUCUAAAACUACCCUAAUUUGGACAGUACCCUUAAUUUUCAUUUUGUAACAAAAUUGUUUCCUUAAACUUCGAUGUUUUACGUGCAUAAUGUUUAAAAGUACAUAAGGAAACAAAUGAGAACUAUGGCUUGCCUUCUGAAUAUCAUUUCUAGAAAGAUAGAAACUUUUUCAGAGCGUUCUGUGGUAACACAUUUAACGACACUUUUUCAGUUUAGAUAGGUGAAAGAACCCAGGUCACUAGGUCAAAGGAGAAAAGCUGGCAAAUAGUUAGAAAUGACUUUCAGAAAUUGAAGUAAACAUCACGGGCAUUUGUUGAAGACUGGUUUUACCACUUAUAAAAAACAGCGAAAGUUCUUUUAUUGUGGAAGUCCCCUGGAUCCAAAAUUCCUAAAAUUUCUGUAUUGCGUGCCCUUUCUUGGAGUACGAAGAUUCUGGAAAUACUUUUAGGUCUGGAUUUUUUCUGGAACAAAUUCAAAACGUGACAUGAUAUCUAAGGAAGAGUAUUUCGAAUGGAGAGAAAGAACCUUAGAAGCUGGUAGAUUUUUCUGGAAACCAAAAAACGCGAAAAAUCUUUUUCGGCUUUUCUUUGCGUAGUUUGAUCUACACUUAAACACAUAUUAAAGCAUCUUAAUUUCCGUUUCUGAGCACGCGCGCUUAUCUGUUUGUAAUUGUAUCACGAUUAAAGUUGACGUACACCCUAAAAAAAUUACGAAAGUCUGUUAGAUGCGUAAAACAUCUUAUAAACCACAUCAAAGAUCAGCGUAAAGUUUCAUUUAUCAUUAAUUUUGUGGAAAUCACAUCAAUCAAACAUCGGUUUUCCUUUCAGUAAAAGGAUUUUACUAAUAGCGACAUUGGUAAUAUCUUAAAGCGUUUUCCACCCGCCUAAAAAGUUAGCAAACAGCGUCAGAAGAAAGUUCUAGCAAUUAGAUCUCUUUUGAACGCAAAACUUUUAUCCUCAGAUUGAAAAAACACGAAAACACCUAGUCCCCAACUUUGCCCACAAAGGCACGAGGAUCCACGCGCGUGAAAUUCCACGUGCGUUGCAACCGUAUGUUGCUGCUGCACGCGAGAUGUGAUCUGAUCUUUUGACCCAGUAGCAAAAUAAUCGACUGGAAGAUAAACUUGUUUUUCUUAGAGGAGAACGUGAUUUCUUUUCACAUAUUCUAACUUGUUUUGUCAAUGGUUUGCUUUCAAUUAUCUUUUUUGCAUAAUCAUUGUGAAAUUAAUGAAAAAGCAGAGGGCUAUUCAGAUAAUAAAAGCCUUUGCUGGAACAAAGAAAACAUAAUGCCGUCAAAACGCUGUAAAAUGCUAAAACCACGCACACUAAGAAUGUCUUCCAUUCACUCUUCAGGUCAAAAAGUUAGUUACGUAACGAUAGCAAAAACUGAAAUACGUUGGUUAUUAUAGCUCAAGUUUCACCGCCACCGAUAGAUAUCAUGAAAUAUCAAAUCUCGGAAACUGCUCUAAUGGGAUAGCAAGCGGCGUCUUCAAGAAAUGUUUUGCGGUUGCCAAGCCUUUAGAAUACAAUUUCGCUCAUCACCUCUCACUCUCUCAACUCUGAUCGAACGAGUUCGAGGCCUGUUUGGGGGGGUGGGGGGGAACUUCCCAUAUGAAAGGGGCGGGGAUACUCGUCGGAAAUUUUGAAUUAAACCUCUAAAGGAGACCAAUCUGGGCGUGGCCCAACCUUUUUUUGACCCCUUAAAGCGAUCAUUUUAAACUUUGAUUACAUGAAUCGAGUAAAUAAAACGAAUUGAAAAUAUCUAAUUUUUCAAUGUUUCUUCAAGUGCAACCCUAAAAGAGACCUUUAAAGCUAAAUGUAAUGGUUUCUUGCCCAGAACACCCUAAGAGAGAUUAAAAUCUGAAAUAAGCGAGACGACGAGCAUCCCCGCCUCUUUCAUAAGGGAGUCCCCCCCGGUUCGAGGUCCUUGAUGUACUGUAAGAGCAAGGGACCAAGUUUUUUCAUCUCAAAAAAGAAGGGAAACAAAUUUGUACAUGAAUCAACAUAUAGCUACAUAUAUAUUUAUUGUACAAAUAUUGGUAACUUAGCUGUUCAAUUUUUAUUUGUCCCACAUCUCUUGAAAAUAAGGAUAAUUUUUAUUCAGUCAACGCAUACUGGGGAGGUGCGCCAUUUAACCUGACUUGAGGUGAUUUGAUUUGACUUGAGAGUAAAAAGCCGCCAAACUGAUCAAUCACAGGGCCUUUUUGGCCAACAGUUUUGCUCAUGGUACUAUAAAGGAGUGCCCCUAACCCGUCAUUUUGCUCAAUCCCGUAAUCCCGAUGGUUAUUCUUGGCAUCCCUCAUCCCGCAUCCCGCAUCCCGUACUAAUAAUCACCGUAAAACGUUUGUUAAAAAUUGCCGCAUCUAGCGCUAGCCUUUAUUCCUGACCUAAACGUUUGUUACUAACAAGCUUUGUCUUUUUUGCUCUUCUUUCAGAAUUAUUUAUCCAAGGCAAAGUGCAAUUUCCUUGUGGCGGAGUUCGACAUCUCCAUCGUGGGUUUUAUAGCCAUCGAUCAAAUAUCUGAAAGUGUUGCAUCUGUUAAACGAAUUUCUGUUGAUGUGUGCUUUGGCGGACAGCGAAAGUACAUUGCCACAAAACUGUUGCAAGAAGCAUUUAAGUUUUGUCAAGAGUGCGGCUACAAUGAGUUAGUCAUGGAAAUCCCCGGAACUAAUAAGCCAAAGGUUCAUCGAUUACAUCGCAGCGAGACCAAGAAUAAACAAGACUUAUUUAUCGCACGGCAAGGUUAAAACAAAAACUAUGUGUAUCACGUGAUGUGCAUGCUCAGCUGUGACAUCAUAAUCCAGAAAAUGCGUGACUUUCUAGGUCUCACGCGAUCACCUGAUUAUCCUUCGUGACUUCAUCACAGAUACAUGUCACUACAGAACAGGGACGUUCAAAACGUUGGGUCGGUUCCUUUUGGGACAGUCGUGUUGUUUAAAGCGCACGAGGUCCACAGUAGAAAUGAGGCCAGAACUGACUUUCCGGAGAGCAUUGCAAAAAGCUGUAAACGAAAGAAAUGGCUACGAAUUCUAAGCUAAGAGUUUAUCUUAUCAUGAUCAGUUUCUGCAAGCGAACAUUCAAACACCAAAGGAGUGGUGAAGUCAAAGCGCCCGAAAAUGUACGCAUGCUCAUUGUAGUUAAGUUUUCGACAGCAUCUGAUAAGUUGCAAAAUAGGACCUUUUUCACAUCAGUUAGGUAUUUAAUAGUUCUGCUUUGGAACUACAAGGAAUAGUAAUUCGAGGUGCUUUUCGACCCUGAAACAACAGAAUUGUGGCCAGAAAUAGAAAGCAUAAGGAAGGGACAAUUACAUCGAUAAUCUUGGCGUUCGUUUAAGAAAGUGAUAGAUUUUAAAAUUCAUACUGAAACUGAAAUUCAAAAUGUUACCAAAUUAGAGGAUAUGAAUCUUUUUAAGGAUUGUUGCUAUUGUUGUCAUGAUCAAAGGCGUUUACGAACUAGUUACCUUAUGUCUAAAAAUUGCAGCUGUAAGUUUUGUAAAUAAAUUUAUGUAAAUAAAACUUGUAAAUACACUUGUAAACAAAUAAAUUAGAAACACAGUUUAACUUGUGGUUCAUGUUCUGACGGUAAUUUAGGCCAGACACAUUUAAUUCUAGCUGGCUAUCCAGCGGGGUAUACUAACCAAUGACGUCCCAGUUACAGAUACCAGUCAGGUCAUCUAACUACGUAUACUGUAGCCUGAUGAGCCACGGAACAACUUGUGGUAAACGUGGCCGUAUAUUUGGCUCGAUCCUGUAUCAGAUUGUAUCCUGUAUCACUGAAUACCUCGAGUUUCGCCAAUUCGUACAGCAUGCUUUAUUAGUCGAACCUCUGUUAAGGGGUUACCUUCGGGGGGGGGGGGGGGGGGCGGGGGGAGGGGGGAGGGAUUUUUCUCACCAGCCGACACACACGAAGAUUGUGCCCGCGCGCCCCCCCCCCAGUACGCCCUCGAGCGCCCGCAAAUUUUCUUUUUGAAGUUGGCACCUCUCUUCAAUUCAUAUAUAUAACAAAAUGAGGGGCACGGAUUUUUCACAGCCAGCGACAGCCAGCGAGCAAGUUCUCGAGCGCCCCACCGCCAGAGCGCCCCGGUGAGCUUGCAUAUCUUCUAUUGACAAAUGCGACCCCUUUUAUAUACCUAGUUUAGAAAAAAACGUCCUUUUAACCUCUGUUAAUGCACCCUCUUUUAAAUCUGAAUAUAUCACUAGACCAGAAAGUUUCUUGUCUAUUUUCAAAGCCAUAAAAUGCAUCUAUUAUCCCAUUUAGGUCCUUCUAUAGACCGAAAUCGAAAUGAAAUUGUUUCCUACUCCGUUGUGACAUACCUUCCCUUUCAUUUAUCUGAAGCCUAAAAAAAGGUGUGCCCCUUUCGGGUGGAGCCUACCCUUUAAGGACGUUAUAGGGAGUACCCACCCCCCCCAGGCCCCUUGAGGAUACCCUCUACGGUCAAACCUCUAUUAAGCGAUCACCCUCGAGAAUUAGCCAGGUGACCACUUAAUGGAGUAAUAGGCUGAUUUAACAGCACGGAAAUGUCAGUUGACGACGGGAAAGAGCGCGGGAAGGACUAAACACGACUUUCGGUGCCAUUGGUCAAGCCAGUUGUUUGAUUUGCGCGCGCCGUUGUGAACUGACGUUCCCGUUCUGUUGCUAAAUCAGCCUAGUGUUUUUUGUAAGGGAGCGUGUCUUUACAAUCAAGCACAUCUUCAGCAAUUUUAAAAUCUCAUUCAACAUGAAGAGAGAAAUUCAGUUAUGGUCGUCUACAGUUGAUAAAGCAAGUCACUGACUUUGCUCAGCGCCACCGAGAGUUCUUUGUGAGCAAAAAUAGGCCAUAUAGGGAUUGUUAUGUAACGAGGUGACCGUUUAACAGAGGUAAAUUACAAUAAAAUUAGCCAUUGGGAAAUCAAAAUGGUGACCGUGUCUGCUUAAUAGAGAUGACCGUUGAAUAGAGGUCAAAUUUACAGUAAAUAUGGGAAGCAAAUUUCGGUAAAUUGAUAGGUGACCGCUUAAUAGAGGGUGACCGUUUAAUAGAGGUUUGACUGUAUUUAAACGGCCAGACACCACUUAGCCUCCCACGCAGACGUUCUUAGGGGCCUUUGUGGGGCAGGAACGCGUGACGAACCCCCAAGAAAGUUGGGAAGCUAGAUACAUUUAUCAUUUAGGUUUGUCACUCCACUUAAAGUACCGAGCAUUUUAGACCCCUCUAAAAAAAAAGGAAAACAAAAGUGACUGAAAUGGCACAUAUGAGCGCAAAGCAAUAAAAAGUGUUAAUAAAUGUUUGAAAUUGCAUUUUUAAAAGCAGCCAGUGAAUUGGACAAUGCUAUAUCCCUUAGGAGUUUAUUCCAUUACGUAGAGUCCCGAAGGUAAAAGUUGUCAGUAAUCACUGUGAAGAUAUCAUCUGUUGAGCGACCUACUUAAUAAUUAGGAGCAAAGUUGAACCCGUCCUCCGUUCCCUAAGGCCUGUUUCAAAAAUAAACGUCGUGCCGCUACCGUGCUAAGCUGGCUCGACUGUAGCUGGACUGCAGCACGACACUGAGCACGACUUGAUUUUAGACGUCGAAUUUAAUUCAGUCGAAUAAAACGGCUGUUGCCGAAAACAAAACACAAAAAUAAAGAAACGGUUUAGCAAACUUUUAAACGUAUUCUUGAUGUAUUUAUAAUUUAUGAAUUGAGCACGGCACGGCGGUAGCACGACGUUUGAAACCAAGUCGAGCUACUGCCGUGAAGCACGGCAAGGCUUGCCGUGCUGCAGGGGAGUAGCACGACUUGGUUUCAAACGUUGCGCUACUGCCGUGCUAAAGUCGAAUUUAAUUGGAUCAAUUGAGUUCGGCACGGCCAGUAACACGACGUUUGAACCGGGCCUAAGGAUGGUCGCUAGACGUUCGACGGUUGUUCAUUGUAUAGAUAGAUCCCAGCCAUACACAAUUAUUUUCAAUAUUAAAACUACGAGGAACAAAAUCAUCCCCUUAGUGGCCACCAUGUGUGAUACCCUUCUCUAACUGAGUCUGAGUAGUUGUUUUGGGGGUCACUGUACAACACUGAAGCAUUGCAGUCAUGAACAAAAGAUUUUUAAGAGGAUCUGAUCUAAAGAGCGUUUCGUGAGGGAGUCAAGGAGGCCAAGUAUGGUCUUAACAAAGACCGUCAUGAAAGUCACGAUGAACGAACGCGGCCUACACCUUUUCGUGUUUUAUAUAAUUCUUGAAGUUGCUCAUUUGCGUGAAAGAGCCUGUACAUCCAGAAUCUUUGAAAGUUGGUUUACCUGUGGAGGAACGAUAGAAGGUUGGUACCGAAGAUCCAGCAUGCCUUGCCCGGCGCCAUUUUACCCCCAGCAGUGUUCGAUUCUUUCUCUUCUUCCCUCGUGUUCAAAAUGAAAGUUCGUGGAGAGGUAACCAACAUUAAAAUUUACCGGUUUUUCGAACCCUUUCAGUGCAGAAAUACAGAUUAUAACAUUUAAAGCAAAGCUUAGCCCUAUCGCUUCCCAAGUAUAAGCUGUAUUUCGUUUCUUGUCUUGUCUGUUUCUGUUUUAUCGAACCGGGAGUUGUGUUUUAACAUGGCUACAUAUACCACGCAAGGCUGGGAUAUUUUGUCUUAUUUUCGUUUUUUACUGGUGUUACACCGUUGGAAUUUCUGGCAUAGGGUUUUGCUUUCAUUCUAAAUUCGGUUAAAUUACAGUCGCUACAAAACAGCGAUCACAGGCCUAGUUUACUCUCCAUGACGAAUGAUUUAGAUGGAAGCUUUUUACUAAUUUCAAGAAACUUAAGUAAUUAAAUUUAGUCGGAUUCUGUGUAACUGAGUUAUUUCGACUUAAGCUGUGCAUUGUAGAUUUUGGUAAAGUAACUAAAAUAACAGGAUUUCAUUGUGUCUGGGAAUCUAGCUACAACCUUCUUAUAGAGGUGCAUUAGAUUGUUUUGAAUGGUAAAUGUUAGUCUGUGGUUUUUGUGAACUGUUUUAAAGUAGAUAGUGGAGUAAUUUUCGAAUGUGCUGACAUUUAAAACUGUUGUGUAGGUAGAACAAGGGAUAUAAUAAGUAAAGAAUCAAUAAUUGACAAUAUUAUAACUAGUGCCUGUGUAUUCUGUUUAAUUUUUUUAAUUGAGUCAAGACAAAAGUUGUCAAGCUAAGGCCCGGUUCAGACGCCGAACUUUUCAUGAGCCGACCCUAAUUCGUAUUAAGGCCGACCCAUAUUAUUUAAACUGCUUGAAUUGAUUCAGAUGCCGAUAAUAAUUCCAGCCAAACUAAAUUCAAAAGGACAAAAAUGCUCAUGUUGGUUGAAUUGUUUGCAAAAUACAUUACAGUGAAACCUGUAUUAAGCAGACACCCUCGGGGAAUGCUGUAGUGUCUGCUUAAUACAGGGUGUCUGCCUAAUGCAGGUUUCAAUAGAUAACGUCAUAUGAGGUGUCAAAUGCCAUUCAGAUGAACAGUGGAAACGUUUAGAAUACUCCCAGAGACUAUGACAAUAUACGUUUGCAUUCAUUUCUUUAUCAAAGUGAACCAAUUGAUCAUAGUACCAUAAACAUAGAUUGCAACUCAAAUUUGAAGAAAUCAGAUGAGUGGAACAAGCUCUAUACAAACAAAACGAAAUAGAAAAACAAUGCAGUAAGGUAAAACUAAUCAAAUAAGUUCAUCAAGUCAAGGUUUUAAAUGUAAAAAUCGAAAAAUUUGUGGCAAUCUUUCGCAUUUCCGGUGUCUGGCAUGUUGGGUGGUGUCCAAGUGUCCGUUUAAUACAGGUUGGCAACAAAAGAAAUGACCAUUUCAGGUACUUUUUAGGUGUCCGUGUCCGCUUAAUAGACGUGUCUGCUUCAUAAAGGUUUCAUUUAAAGUAGAUAAGGGAAAUAAAUUUUGGGACUUCGACUACUGUCUGCUUAAUAGAGGGUGUCCGCUUAAUACAGGUUUCGCUGUAUUAUAAUUUAUGCAUUAGGUUUUUGGUACAUGAAAAGUUUGGUGUCUAAAUCAAAGACGUUCCAAAGUUGUUCCAUAGUCGAAAUUCCCGACUGGGCUAGGUGUAAAAAAACAGCUCAGCCGUUCCAAAUUGAAAUAGGUGUUCCUAAUUGAUCCAGAUGCCAAACUUUAUAUGUACUUAAUUCAAUGUAUUAGGUUCAGCUCAUUAAAAGAGUGGCGUCUGAACCGAGCCUAAAAGUAUGAAGCUAAAAUUUAGCUCAUGAAAAUUGCAUUUGGCACUAUCCUAGCUUGUGGUGUCUUGUCCUAGGGCUGUAGGGGAAUUAUACAAAUAUUGUCUAUUGUAUGCUGUAAAACAGUAUGAUCUUGGUCUCAAUUUUCUGAUCCAGAGGUAAUUGCUGGAUUUCUAGUUUCAGUCUGUUUCCUGCAUGGGAAAGAAAAAACUGAUCGUGAUUUUCUUGUUUUGUGUACAGUUGUGACACUCCUCUGUCCAAGAUGAGUUUUAACUCCAACUGUUUUGUCAAUUAUUGUAUAAAUUUGAGAUGGGGGAAACUCAACCUUUGUCAGAUUUACUGAAAAGUAUAUCAGACAAAGAUUUUCAUUUCAAGAUAAAUUUCCCUGUCAAUAAAUUGCUGUUGUGGGAGGUACAUGUAGAAUUUACUUUCUUAUUUACUGUGUCUUUUUUUCUCUUUUUUUUCAGCUGAAAGAAUUUGAAAUCAUUGGCAGGGCAUUGCCAACAGAGAAGAACUCUUCUCCUCCACUCUACAAAAUGAGGAUUUUUGCCCCUGAUGAGGUCAUAGGCAAAUCCAAGUACUGGUACUUUGUUUCCAAACUUAAGAAGAUCAAGAAGUCAACUGGAGAAAUUGUUUCCUGCAGACGGGUUUGUAUUGUUCACUCAAACUCCUUAAACUACAUGGGCGGAUCCUAGAAUUUUUGAUUGGGGGAGGGGGAGUCCAAAAUUUGGUUCAGAAAGGACUGUUGAACUUUUUUUGUGGCAAUUUACUUCUCACAGAGAUGACCACGUGUUUCGUAAUCUGUGGACACUUGUCACCAUUGGGCAGGAAAAAUAGUGCUUUGCGAGCAGAGGUGAACAGAUCAUAGGAGUGUACCAAAAAACAAUGACGUUUUUUAUUAUCCCUGGAAUUUAGUUUAGUGGCAAAAUGCAACGCGCAUUUCAUUAAAUAAAAUCAACCAGGUAAAAACUGAUAUACGAUCCUGUCAAUGUCAGUCUCAAACAAGUGUCACGUUUGAAAGGGGGGGAGGGGUAGGGUGUCUGGACCCACCGGAUCUGCCGCUGAACUAAUAACUGAAUGGGUUAAGUGAGGGCUUAAGCCACUGUGUAACUGUAUAUUUUGUUGUAUUCCAAGCUUUUACAGAUGCACAGCAUCAUCAGAAUAUGAUGAUUCUCUGAUUAAAUACCUUUCAUUAAGAAAGUGGUUUUAGUUUGAUUAGAUCGUGAUUACUAUUUCACACAGAAUACCUUGAAAAUGUCCAAAGCUAUAUAAUCUGUGUUUUUAAACACGAAACUUGAUAGUGGACGUCCAUAUUAUUGACAGUUGUCAAAAAAGGCUAUCCACUGACCAGUGUCACAUGACUGUAUCACAGGCUCAAGUGUACAAGUCAUUGAGGUGAUGUGUUUUUUUAAAGUUAUCUGCUGACUAGUUAUUGGUUUUUAAUUGACCGCCAGCUAAGAUAUAAAAAUUCUCAUUGUCAAAGAAGCUGUGUCCUUGAUCCAACCCAUCGCCAGGUUUGUUUCUGUUCUAUGAACACAGCCUCAAAUGACCUGUUACACGGGGUUGUUGAAAAUCUCUUCCGGUGUUCUUAUUCAAUUCAUUUAAAGAACAGUGCUAAGCAGGCCAUAUGAUAAAUAACUUAAUAACCUCGUCUGUUCAGUUUUUACAGGGAAAUCUCAGACCUCGGCCUUGAUGUAUUGCCCUCACUAUCACUUGGCCAAUACAUCAAGACAUUGAAAAGAGCUCUCAAAUCAGUCCGCUUAUGCUUGUUUCUCUCUGUGACAUAGAUUUAUGAGAAAAAGCCCCUGCAGAUCAAGAACUUUGGUGUGUGGCUGCGUUAUGACUCUCGCAGUGGUACCCACAACAUGUACAGGGAAUAUCGUGACCUGACUGUGGCUUCUGCAGUUACUUCUUGCUGUUAGUAUCAGCUUUCUAAGUUUAUAGUGGAACCUCCAUUAACCUCUCUUACAACGGCCAGUUCUCUACAACGGCCAUUUUUCUGGCCACUUUUUUCUGUCCCCAAGGUGGCCAUUGUGGAGAGGUUCAUUUCUAUUUUGAAAUGUCCAAUUGUUGGAGUGAAUUUGCCUUGUGCAACUUACCGUGUGGCACAAAAUUUUUGCGGGAGUUUAUUUUUGCAGAUUGGUAAUUUUUGGUGUUUUGCGUGAACUACUUUUUGUGAUUAGGACAGAUUGGUUUUUCUUGCUGGGAAUUAAUUUUUGCGAUUUUCAGAAAAUACCCAGUACCCGGUAUUGAUAAUAUUUUCGUUUUUGUUAAUUAUGUGCAAUGGAAAUACGUAUUUUCAAACAAUACUAUGGUAUGGGUACCCUAUGUAAAACAAGUAAUUCAUUGUAUACCGUUAUGUUUCUGAAUGAAAGAGGCAAGUUGUAAUUGAACGUACACAAUUUCCUAGUACUGUAUUUUUGCAUGGCGAAUUGAAGUUAAUUUAAGUUUACUCUGAAGUAAAUUUUUGCGGGAAAAAUGUUUGCGGUAAUUUUUAUCUUUGCAGGAACUUUUUUUUGCAGAUCGCUGGAAAAAUCACAACAAUUAGAACCCGCAAAAAUUUCGUGCCACAUGGUAUUUCCUUAAAUGUUUGAAAAAUUGUCACCUUCCUGAGUGGCACGCUUGAGCAUGGAUUUCGAGUCCCGCAAAGCCAACCAAAUUCUUUCAUAAAGAGAAAAGAAAAAUUGGUUGCAAUGGUGGACAUCCAAACAACUUCGUUUGUUGCAGAAAAGUGGCUCGUGUUCCCAAAAUAUUUCAUAUUCUUUAAGUCUACUGUUAGCAACUUAUGGUGUAGUAGCUUUUUAGAAUUGGCAACCACUUGAAAUAUUUUAGGAGCCAAGUGGCUGUUGGAAAAAACAUUAAUUUCAUGCCCUAUUAGGAAGGAUAGGGAAGAAUUUUGUGCCCAGGUUUUGAGCCUUAGAGUGAUGUCAACUAAAGUUACUGCACCUGACAAGUUCUUGAAUGCUAGGUUGGUUUAGUCUAGGUUAAUACCAGAGGAGAUUUUUGUGGAGUCAUAAAUGUUUUCCGAUUUUAGGGUAUUCACAGUCAUUUAACCACAUCCGUAAAUCUAUGGACAUACAAAUCGGGUACAUAGCGUUUACCUCAAAAUCUUCAGGCAGACAACCAAACUAGGACAUUUGUAGUUUGGAUUAGCACAUCUGCAGGUAAUCUGCAAAGUGGAUGCAACACCAAAAUGUUCCAGAUUUUCCACCAAUCUGGAAAAUCUCCUCCCGUGUCAACCUAGCUUUGGAAAGAGGUCAUACUCUAAUGUUCGGUGGUCACAAGGUUGGGGGGUUGUGUACAGUUCUGACAACUCUAAGCUCUAACUUAUGUGUAAAUUAUUGGUUGAUUUUUGUUUGCAGACCGGGAUAUGGCUGCCAGGCAUCGUGCACGAGGCUCAAGUAUUCAGAUCAUGAAAGUUGAUGUUAUUCCAGCCAACAAGUGCCGAAGGCCACAUGUCAAACAGCUUCAUGUAAGCUAUUUUUUUUUCUAAAUUUUUGUUAACAAUUUCAGCAAUGAUUCAAAUGCACCAAUCAUCAACAGUUGGUGGGGUGGUGUUUGGUAAGGCAGGUCUCUCAGUAUGAUCCAGUAUGUUCAGAUAUCUGUUUUGAAUCAUCCACUUCUGUGCUUUGAAGGUCAAUUGAAAUAUUAUCAUGCUGUAUUAUACUACAGAGGUCUUAAAUCACUACCUUUAAAUUAGCUUACUUGACAUCUUUAUGUACACUUUAUGACAAGUUAUUAACAGGCCUGAAAGUUAUGGCACAUCGCCAGUUGUUAACAUCAUCCAAUAAACAGCAGCAAUAAGCAGACAAGAUCAGGGUUGUCAGGCUGUGUUGUCAAAGUAAGCAGCCAGUCCAGAGAUAUUUUACUUAAACAACACCAUCCGUAAAGAAAUGCCAAGCAGAGUAGCUGGCCAAUACUAAUAAAGUAGGCGGCGAUUUUUGCUGGCAGCCAGCUACUUUUGACAACCCUGCAAGAUGUUAUUCCCACAAACUCUAGGAGUGAACACUCGGGUUGUUCUGUUUCUUGGGUCACCAAGAGAAUAAAAAUUACUAAACAUUUUACGAGACAUUUUACCCUUACAGAAGGGUAGUUUUAAUACAUGAAAGUAUGACAUUGGGAAUAUGCUUGACCACCUAAAUUUAGAUUGAUGCCUGUUUGUUACAUUUGUUUUUGUUUCACAGAAUUCCAAGAUAAAGUUUCCUCUGCCCCACCGUGUCAUCAAGUCGCACUUCAAAUCUAAGUUUGUGGCUAAGCGUCCCAACACCUUCUAUUGA